AUGCACCAAGUUACAUAUUCCAGGAAGAUGCUGGUACAUGUGAACGUCGAGUAUGGACUCGCGAGACCCAUGGAUGCAACAGCGACAGUCAACAAUAACUUCAAAUUCGCGGAUCCGAUUUAUGCAGUGAACUUUGAGGAAAACCAGCUCGAAGGCUUCAUUUACAUUGAGCUGAUAAAUGACGUCGAGUACGAGGCGAAUGAGUAUUUUUACAUUGAAAUCAAAAGUGUGGACUCUUCGGCAAGCAUUGGAACCACUAACCCAAUCGCAACUGUGUUUAUUUCGGACGACGGUGAUGCUGGAACGUUUGAUUUUGCAGCUCCUUAUAUUUUCUGCCGAGAAGACAGUGGGAAUGCAGUCGUGACUAUCGAAAGAAGCAUCGGCUUUUCAUCCGCGUCCUAUGUUCCCGUUGCUCUUAAAGUGGCUACGGCUGGAGCUGACAGCAAUGCCACAGAUGGCGGCAGCAAGGCUUUCGACUACUUAGGAAUCUCCCAAGAGCUUACGUGGGCGACGGAUGAAGUAACUAAAACAUUCGCCGUCAAGGUAUUUAAUAACGAUAAGCAUCAACCAAAUUCGAGGGCCAUCAAAGUUCGUUUGUUGUCCGUCACAGGCGGGGCGAUGAUCGGAACAAAGUCCGAAAUGUGGAUCUACAUUAUUGACGAUCGCGACGCGGGAACAAUAUCGUUCGCUUUACCCCAUUACGAGGUGUUAGAAAAUGCUGGUAAAGUCACUGUAAAAGUUAUCCGUUCAGGAAUCCCGGAUGCGACUAAUGUCAACAAGUACACGGACGGUGAGGUGAAGGUGGACAUUGCAACAUACAGCGGCACAAUCGUCCCGGGGAAAUCCAAAUACGACGUAGAUUACGAUUACGGAGUUGUCGAGACACGUGGCUGUACUCAUAUUAGCCCUUGCACUGCAAAAGAAUCAGUUGCGUAUACACCCAUCCAGACUACAACACUCACAUUUGCUGACAAGGAAGCGUUGAAAACUAUCGAUAUUUCGAUUACAAAUAACGACAUUUUCCAGGCACCUGAUCAAGUAUUCAAGGUCGUUCUUAAGAAUGUGGUCGGUGGAGCGCACCUCGGGGUAGAUUACGAACAUCCUGUCGAAUGGACCUGGCACCACGACGAGUUCUUCGCACUUGAGACGCACACAAAUCAGUUGCUUGAUAAUGUUGGAACAGUUGUUACGAUACAAGACGAUGGGGACCCUGCUGUGAUCGUGUCGAAAGCGAGUCUGUCGGUGUCUGAAAUUGGUCAAAUGGAUACUUUUCGCAUCAGAUUGAAUUCGCAACCUACUUCGGAUGUCACUGUUAGUUUGAGUGCUACUGCGGCAGAGCUAAAAUUAUCUUCAAGCUCUCUAUCAUUUUCGUCUACGAAUUGGAAAGAACAUCAGACCGUCAUCGUCGAAGCAGUGCCGGAUGAUGUAGCAGGUGGGAUUCACAGUAGUGUUAUUUCUAUCACCGCCACCAGUACCGAUACAUCCUACAAUGCUCCAUUCAAGACAACAGCCGGUGCUGUCGGUUAUACGCUUGCUGUUGCAAUAUACACGCAGAAAUGGGGAACAUACGACACUGGAAACGCCGACCAUGCCUUUUCCUGGGCAGAAAGUGACGGAAUUGUGACGUCUCCCGCGCCACAAUCAUCGAUUAAGGCAUUCAUAUUCGAUGAUGAUCAACCAACACUCCGUAUUAUACCUGAGACUGUCCGCUAUCGGCAGGCUGAUCGCAAUACGGGAAGUAUUGUAUGUGUUCGAGAAAUUGGGCAUAAUGCAUCCGUCCAAAUUGAGCUGACGACUCGCCCACUUGCAAACGUUGAUAUCUCAUUCGUGGUAGACGCGAGUUCCAAGAUUCAGAUUGAGCCUGCAACGAUUCACUUUACACCUUCGUCAUGGAGGGAAGCGCAGAGCGUCAGCGUCUCGGCAGUUGGUGGUAUGAGCUCAAAAGAAGUGCACUACUCAAAAAUAUUGGUCUAUUCGGCCAGUAGCGGUGAUGCCAUGUAUAACCAAGGCUAUCAGCCAGCGGGUACGCUGUUUGUGCAGCGAUUUCCUACUGCUACAGUGCUGUUGGAUUCCUCUCGUGUGACCGCUCGAGAAAACGGAGGGAAUGAUGUGACGUACAAACUACAAUUAGGUAGUGAACCGAUGCAUUGGGAGCCAGCUGAAGGCAACUACGAGCCAUUCUACGUUACACUUGGUCCUACCGCAGAUACUACUCUUAUUUUUUCAACACACUCGCAAGGAGCUUUAGGAACGUCCACGUCACUUAUGGUGGCAUCGAAUUCGACGCAAAGCACACUACAGAGUACUGUGAAGUCCGUAGCAGUAGUUCGAUUUGACAUUUUCCCGUCAAUUCAAAGAGCAACGGGCAGCUCGCAGGUUGGAUUGGCCAUGCUCCGAUUGUUUCGAUUAUCUGGAGGAGAAAACCGCGGUCUGGGUGGAAUUAUUGUGGGUGUUACCACUUCUACAAUUGAGAGAUCGGACACCUGGAACGAAACCUUACUAGAAACCGAAUGCACAGAAAUUAAUUCUAAGCCUGUUCCGAGAUGCUCUUUGACGGAAAAGGGAUCUGCCGUGACAUCACUUUUUCCGGGUACGACGACAUUCGAGGACGUUUACGUGCAGACCGAUGGAGAAACCCCUAUCAAUCAAAGUACGGAGAUUGAUCCGAAUACCAAUGAGUUUGUGUCGUCGUCCGAGUGGGUUGAAAUCGACGUCACCACUGCUUUAAAUCGUGUUUUGGCGCAACAGCGAGAUCGAUCUUCGAAUUUCAGUACCAUUUCUUUCUUAGUGUACUCAAGAUCCGUUGUCACGUUCCUUUACGAUGGUGUGGAUGAAGUUACUUUCGCGUCAAAAGAGCACAGUGAUACCACAUUGCACCCUCAACUUAAAGUUACAGCGUCCGGCAGUGUGAACCUUGCUUUGUCGGGUACAGCUUCUCAAAGUCAGCAAGGAAAGUCUGGUGCUGCUAUUGAUGGUAACAUUAAAUCCGACUCAGGGAUUGCUUCAACUUACGCAAUGUCACGAAUUGAGGAUGUCUAUCCGUGGUGGCAGAUCGACCUGAACCAGAUCCGACGCAUCGAGGACAUCGUGAUCACCAUUAAGAAAAAGGUACCAGAAGGUGACUUGCAGGCAGAUCAAUUGACAGCGAACAUUUGGACUUUCCUGUCAACUACCCCAUUCCCAAUUACAAACAAUGCAACUGAGGACUUCCUGUCUACAAAAUCCAGCGCGCUUUAUCUGCAUGAGUUUGAAGCUUCAUCACGUUCUUUUGAUGCAUCGGAGAUGGAGACGAUCACCUACCGAUGGCGUGUAAAUGGAGAAGCGAAUGGGCAUUUUGGUGAGGACCGGUUUAUUGCUGACUACAGCGUUUCUACUGAAGCGCGAUAUCUGCGCCUACAGGUCGAAGGGGACAACAGUAUUUUGUUGAACGAAGUUGAAAUCUAUCAGCAAGCUUUUGCGAGCAGCAAGAUUACAGUUGGCGGGUACAUGCCCAGUGUUACGAGCUAUCGUGCUGGUGAAAAUCAAAUCGUAUUCUCGCUUUCUCCCAUGCAAGAUGCAGAUCCUUCACCUUGUGAUGAUACGACUCGAAUUUGUCGUCACGAAAUGGUCUUCACAUCAGGGAAUUGGCGUGACUUUCAGCGAAUUCAAGUGCACGCUAUAGACGACAAGGUUGCGGUUGGUGAUCGCGAAGUAUUCAUGACUCAUUCGUCUGAGUCGAUGGAUCCUGAUUACACUGGAGAUUCGUUGUGUGGGGUCUCUCAGGUAAAUUGCAACGGUAAUCUAUUCAAUGAUUCCAGUGUCAAGAAGCUUCUGAUAUUAGAAGAUGAUGAGAACAAGGUCAUUCUUUCAAAGUCGAAGUUCACAGUGAUCGAAGGAAGUCACGCGUAUCCAAAUGCUACUUCGUUUUACAAACCGUCGAAGCUUGAGGCCCGUUAUCUCCGCUGCAGUACUGAUCCGGACGAAGUAUCUGGUGCGCUAUGGGAGACUUGCAUUACCAACAGUACUGCAAAACCCCUUGAGACUGGCAGCGCAUGGAUAAUGGCUGGGUUUGAAUCAGCAACGAACUUGUCCAACUUGUCUUUAGCCAUCCCAGUGCUGACUGGAGCGAAAUAUAUACGACAACUUACGCUAUGGGUGUCUAUGAAGUCUGGUGCAUCUCAAAUUGUGACGAUGAAUGGUCUCUCACUUUUCAAUGUGCACAGCAUUUUGAUCGUGUUCGAUAAAUCCUACGAUUCGAUCAACCGCUGUAUUCUCGCGCCGCGCAUCACUAUGACCGGAUACAAACCUGUAACUUUUCCUCUUCCUGUCAGGGGUGAUCUUACCAACCCAGAUAGCGUGCCUCCAGCGACAAGUCACUUGUCACGUAUGCAUCUUUCUGGUGUUUCAGACAGUGUAGCUGUAAGCUUAUCGAGCGAACCCCUUGCUGAUACUUUCGUAUCUGUCUUAGUAGAACCCGGAAGUGCCGAUGUUACGACAUUUGAUGCAACCAACGCGUCUGGAUCUUCCGCUUCAUUGACAGAUUUAGUUGGUGCAAAGUAUGAAUCUGGUGACAUUCGACGGUAUCGAAUGUCAACUACUCUUCAAUUUACCCCUGAAAACUGGAAUAUAGCUCAGGAGCUGACCCUUUUGGCGGUUGAUGACAACACUUAUCGCGGAAACCGAACACUCACGAUGCAAAUAAGCUCAUCGUCAUCUGACAGUGAUGGCCUGAUUGUGCCAUCUCAAACGAUUGGCAGUAAUGGUGUUGUACGCUCUAAUGUCCAGCUCUUAGAAUCUCUUUCAUACUCAGGCGCGGAUUUUGUAGUUCGUGAUCGACAGGAUGACAAAUGGCCCUUCCAUAUUGCAGCCAAAUGGGAGUCUUCGUCUGGAUCGAUUGAAGUGACUGUAAUAGAUGAUGAUCUGCCUGGCGUGACCAUAUCAACGAGCGAAGUUAUCGAGUCAGAAAGCAGUCCAAAGGCACAUUUCUCAGUCUCGUUAGAUUCUGCUCCAAUGCAAGAUGUCACCAUCACUAUAUCGUACGAAAAAGACACGAGUCUGUUCUCAACUUCACCUUUGCUGUUGACUUUCACACGCUUGAACUGGUACGAACCUCAAUUUGUUAACAUUUAUCCAGUCGGAAACGACAUUUACGACGCGGGUUAUCCAUUCACCUUGAACUAUGAAAAGCUUGUUCCAAAAUCGAAGCAGCCUAUUCUUCUCCACAAGGUCACUAGCAUGGAUACGGUGUAUGAUGGGCUACAAGUUGGUACCAAUGAAAACAAUCCGUCCACCGGGUAUGUGGUAGAUCAGGGCGUUCGGAUCGUCAUUGAAGACGAUGAUACUGGCUGUGAAAAAGAAUAUGAAUGUCUGAACAGUGGCAAAUGUCUGAAAAGCUCAACGGGGAAUGUGUGCUGGUGUCCACCAACGUUCGGAAUGAAGAAUUGCUCACUGGUAUGCCAAAGAAAAAGCGAAUGUGCUUUUGACCGGGUUUCAUUGAACAUUAAAUGUGUUGAAGCUGAAGGAACAGUAUGCGGGUCCACAUUUUCUGCAAAAGCGCUGACGUCAGUUCUGUAUCGAAUGCUGACAACACAGUCUUUCACUGGAAUAAAUGGACAAGUGUAUCCGAAGCUCUCACUCAGUGGAGUAUCAGAGGCAAUAUAUGUCGUCAACAGUUCUGAAACUAUGUGCGUGGAUGGCUCAGAUGGCUGUGUUUCCGUGUCGGUUGAUUUCAUAAGACCGGAUCUAGACGACACUUCUGUCAUAAGCAAAUUAUUUGCAUAUCAAGAAGCAGGGUCUUUGAAGACAUCGCCCAUGCACAUCGAAUUGAUGACAUCGGAUCCCCAGUACGUGGAAAGCAUUAGAGCAAUGAUCGCAAUGUGGAUUUUCGUCGGGUUUUGUGGUGCUGCGUUAGCAGGUGCUGGCACUUUGCUCGCUGCUCGAGCAAUUCACGCCAAAACAAGUCAUGUAAUGCCUGAUAACGAUGAGCAUACUGAGCUCUUACCGAUUGGAGCUAUAUCUCCCCGUGCCGAGGCAGCACUAUCAUCCACAAUCAGUACAUAG